CCCGCCCAGGAAAGUGAGUUGCGUUGGCGCCGAGGCGGGUAUCGCAGAGCCGGGAACACAGAAGGAACGGAGCCCGAGCGGCGCUGGGGCGCCGAGCAGAGCCGGGGACCAUGGGCUCCAUGUUCCGGAGUGAGGAGGUGUCGCUGGCCCAGCUCUUCCUGCCCACGGCUGCUGCCUACACCUGUGUGAGCCAGCUGGGUGAACUGGGCCUCGUGGAGUUCAGAGAUCUUAACGCCUCAGUGAGUGCCUUCCAGAGACGCUUUGUGGUGGAUGUUCGGCGCUGUGAGGAGCUGGAGAAGACCUUCACCUUCCUGCAGGAGGAGGUGCGGCGGGCUGGGCUGGCCCUGCCCCCACCAGAGGGCGGGCUGCCGGCGCCCCCACCCCGCGACCUGCUGCGUAUCCAGGAGGAGUCGGAUCGCCUGGCACAGGAGCUCCGGGACGUGCGGGGCAACGAGCAGGCCCUGCGGGCCCAGCUGCACAAGUUGCAGCUCCACGCGGCCGUGCUGGGCCAGGGCCAGGGCCCCGCGUUGGCAGCCACCCACACGGAUGGAUCCUCGGAAAGGACCCCCCUGCUCCAGCCCCCCAAGGGGCCCCACCAGGACCUGAGGGUCAACUUUGUGGCAGGCGCCGUGGAACCCCACAAGGCCGCCGCCCUGGAGCGCCUGCUCUGGAGGGCCUGCCGUGGCUUCCUCAUCGCCAGCUUCAGGGAGACAGAGCAGCAGCUGGAGGACCCGGUGACGGGCGAGCCAGCCACGUGGAUGACCUUCCUCAUCUCCUACUGGGGCGAGCAGAUCGGGCAGAAGAUCCGCAAGAUCACUGACUGCUUCCACUGUCACGUCUUCCCGCCUGCCAACCCCCCAGGGGCCUGCCCUGCUCCUCCUCAUUGCCCGUUCUGGCCUCAGGUCCUGGGGGAGACAGAGCGCUUCCUGAACCAGGUGCUGGGCCGGGUGCAGCGGCUGCUGCCGCCCUGGCAGGUGCAGAUCCGCAAGAUGAAGGCUGUGUACCUGGCCCUCAACCAGUGCAGCGUGAGCGCCACCUACAAGUGCCUCAUCGCCGAGGCCUGGUGUGCCACGCGCGACCUGCCCGCGGUGCAGCAGGCACUGCAUGACAGCUCGAGCGAGGCAGGUGUGAGUGCCGUGGUUCACCGAAUCCCCUGCCGGGACAUGCCCCCCACACUCAUCCGUACCACUCGCUUCACGGCCAGCUUCCAGGCCAUCGUGGACGCCUACGGUGUGGGCCGCUACCAGGAGGUCAACCCCGCGCCCUACACCAUCAUCACCUUCCCCUUCCUCUUCGCCGUCAUGUUUGGGGACGUGGGCCACGGGCUGCUCAUGUUCCUCUUCGCCCUGGCCAUGGUGCUGGCUGAGGACCGGCCGGCCAUCAAGACAGCAAAGAAUGAGAUCUGGCAGACCUUCUUUGGUGGCCGCUACCUGCUCCUGCUCAUGGGCCUGUUCUCUGUCUACACCGGCUUCAUCUACAACGAGUGCUUUAGCCGCGCCACCGUCAUCUUCCCCUCGGGCUGGAGCGUGGCCGCCAUGGCCAACCAGUCCGGCUGGAGUGACAAGUUCCUGGCCAACCACCCCCUGCUCUCUCUGGACCCCAACAUCACCGGCGUCUUCCUGGGACCCUACCCCUUCGGCAUCGACCCCAUCUGGAGCCUGGCUGUCAACCACCUGACCUUCCUCAACUCCUUCAAGAUGAAGAUGUCCGUCAUCCUGGGGGUCACCCACAUGGCCUUCGGGGUGGUCCUAGGCGUCUUCAACCACAUACACUUUGGCCAGUGGCACCGGCUGGUGCUGGAGACCCUGCCGGAGCUGGUCUUCCUGCUGGGCCUGUUCGGCUACCUGGUGUUCAUGGUCGUCUACAAGUGGCUGCGCGUCUCGGCCGCUGGCGCCUCCUCCGCCCCCAGCAUCCUCAUCCACUUCAUCAACAUGUUCCUCUUCUCUCGCAGCCCCACCAACCGGCCACUCUUCCCCGGGCAGGAGGUAGUGCAGUCUGCAUUGGUGGUCCUGGCCCUGGCCACAGUGCCCGUCCUGCUGCUUGGCACACCCUUGUUCCUUCGCUGGAAUCACCACCGUCGCUUGAGGCGUGCUGGCCAACUGCAGGAUGAGGUCAAGACUGGGCUUCUGGACUCACCGGACGCUAGGGGCUCUGAUGAGGAGAAGGCGGAGCACCCAGGGGACCAAGAGGAAGCCAAGUUUGUGCUCUCUGAGGUGUUCAUGCACCAGGCCAUCCACACCAUCGAGUUCUGCCUGGGCUGCAUCUCCAACACGGCCUCCUACCUGCGCCUCUGGGCCCUGAGCCUGGCCCAUGCCCAGCUGUCAGAGGUCCUGUGGGCCAUGGUGAUGCGCAUAGGCCUGGGCAUGGGACGAGAGAUGGGUGUGGUGGCCCUGGUGCUGGUCCCUGUCUUUGCCGCCUUCGCUGUGCUGACCGUGGCCAUCCUGCUAGUGAUGGAGGGGCUCUCCGCCUUCCUGCACGCCCUGAGGCUGCACUGGGUGGAGUUCCAGAACAAGUUCUACUCGGGCACUGGCUAUAAGCUGAACCCCUUCACCUUCUCCAUGGAGGACCAAUAGCGCCCACCUGUGGCCAUGCCAGCGCCCCCCCACCCCCACCCCCAGCUUGCUGAGUGAAGCAGGAAAGGAAUAAAGAGGAGGAAGUCUCAGGACUGUGUCUGGGUC